CAUUCAUAAAACCCAGUGUUUACGGUCAGCUGUGUGUUGUUGUCUCGAGAGGACUUUAUUACGUGUUGCUUUCAGCAUGCACCCUGUUGCUCACGAGAAAGAGCAACCUUUUUAAGGAUUUUAUGUUAACCCGUUUGUUUUUAAAACUAUGUUUUCCGGGUGGCAAAUGCAGCUAGAUGGCGCGCAUCUGGGGGUCGCUGUUUAUGUCAAGUUGGGUUUCAAUUGGGCAAACGGUGUAAGUGUGUCAGACAUAUGCGUGCCGUGGGCGGGAAUAGACAUGUGUUUAUAGCGCGCGCUCUGUGGGGCGGCAGCAGACGGAGAGGAGACAGGGGAGAGCCGAUAGGCAGCACGCGCUGGCUGCUUAACCGAAGGCUGGGUGGGGGAGCCGGAGCCCUCUGUCCCCGCGCGCGCACACCUGUAUGGAUGACCACUUUAACCUCAUCGACUCGCCCUCCGUCAGGCACCGAGGCACCAGCGAGGAGCACAGCUACGGGGACGGGGACAAAGCCAUCAUGACAGUUGUUGCUUCUGACAGCAUGCUGGAGGAAACGGCCGUGCUCCCCACUCACCUGCCCGUGGAUCGAUACGAACCCCAGCACGAGUGUUGUGAGCGGGUGGUCAUCAACAUUUCGGGCUUGCGCUUUGAAACGCAGCUCAAAACUUUUAACCAGUUUCCAGAUACAUUACUCGGGGACCCAAAAAAGAGGAUGCGUUACUUUGACCCCCUGAGAAACGAAUAUUUCUUUGACAGAAAUCGACCCAGCUUCGAUGCUAUUUUGUACUAUUUUCAGUCAGGUGGGCGCAUUCGCAGACCCGUAAAUGUCCCCAUAGAUGUUUUCUCCGAGGAAAUAAGAUUUUACCAGCUUGGCGAGGAAGCCAUGGAAAAAUUUCGAGAUGAUGAGGGCUUCAUAAAGGAAGAGGAGCGCCCGUUGCCAGAUCAUGAAUUCCAAAGGCAGGUCUGGCUUUUGUUCGAAUACCCCGAGAGCUCUGGGCCAGCGAGGGGCAUCGCCAUCGUGUCAGUGCUAGUGAUUCUCAUCUCCAUCGUCAUAUUUUGUCUGGAGACUUUGCCUGAAUUUCGGGAUGACAGAGACCCUGUCACAGUGGCUCCAACAAUAAACGGAACUAGCCCCUACGUCCGGAGCCCCUUUACAGACCCCUUUUUUAUCAUAGAAACACUUUGUAUCAUUUGGUUUUCUUUCGAACUGUCGGUCAGGUUCUUCAGCUGCCCCAGCAAAGCCGUUUUCUCCAAAAACAUCAUGAACAUCAUCGACAUCGUGGCCAUCAUCCCCUACUUCAUCACCCUAGGGACGGAGCUCGCUCAGAGUCAGGGCAACGGGCAGCAAGCCAUGUCGCUCACCAUUCUUAGGGUGAUUAGGCUCGUGCGAGUUUUUCGCAUUUUUAAACUCUCUCGACACUCCAAGGGACUUCAGAUUUUAGGUCAGACUCUGAAAGCCAGCAUGAGAGAGCUGGGACUGUUAAUUUUCUUCCUUUUCAUUGGAGUUAUUUUGUUCUCCAGCGCGGUUUACUUCGCGGAGGCAGACGACCCUACCUCGAGUUUCAGUAGCAUUCCAGAUGCGUUCUGGUGGGCUGUUGUAACCAUGACUACGGUUGGAUAUGGGGAUAUGCACCCAGUAACGAUAGGUGGUAAAAUAGUGGGCUCUCUAUGUGCCAUCGCGGGAGUGCUCACCAUCGCGCUCCCUGUGCCCGUCAUAGUAUCCAAUUUCAACUACUUUUAUCACCGCGAGACAGACGGAGAGGAGCACGCUCAGUAUCUUCACGUGGGCAGCUGCCAGCACCUCUCCUCCACCGAGGAGCUCAAACGGACGCGCAGCACCUCAUCGCUCAGCAAGUCGGAGUAUAUGGUGGUAGAGGAGGGGAUCAAUAACGCAUUCAAACAGCCAAACUUCACUAAUCAGAAAAACCAAAACUGCGUGACUAUCAAAAGGAUUUUCACCGAUGUCUAACGCCGACCAGUUCGUUGUCAGUGUUCAAUUUAUAUCAGUUCAACACUUGAAAUUAUUUAUAAAUCGUUGGAUAAACAUCGUUAUGUGCAGGUGCAGAUCUUCCAUGAACGUUGCGUUAGAGGGUUCGUGUGUAUGAAUAACAUAUGGGCGGCAUCAAACAAACGGACUCGCCUUUGGGUUCCGCACGGUACCAAUAUGUCCAGUAGUUCAGUGCAGACCCAACUUGUUGCUUUAUUUCGUCCACCGGAAACAGGGGUCCUAAUGUCAAACAUGAUUGUGCUUAUUUUGUGAUGGACGUCAAGUAAAGGUCUAUGUUUGCUUUCGGUGUUUCAUAUAUAGAUAUGUAAUUAUAGCCUAUAUAUACAUACAUAUAUUCACUGUGAGAGGUUUUAAUGUGAUAUUCUCAGUAUCUAUCCAAGAUUUGUUCAAAGGUGACUACCGUUAACGUGAUGAAACGAUUGUUAUAGGAAGCAAUGUCAGACAGUGGCAGUCCUGUCUUCUGUUAUUACUGUUGAAUCACACUCAGUUCAGUUUGGAACGGAAAUAACCUAUGCUGCCAUUACAAUAUAAAGUGGACUUACGAGUGAAAUGUUCUACAUAUAAUGUUGAAUUAAUUACAUUAUUAAAUAAUAUAUCUAAACAAUCAUAUAUUCCGAUGAAAUAAGGAAUAGAAGUCAGAGAAUGUCACCGCUGGAUGCACUUGGUUGCACGUUUUGUUUGCGAUUUGAUGUAUGGCAACUGUUGUUGACACUGAAAUUAGCAUCACAGCACGUGCUAAACGACCGAGGGUGGACAAAGUAAACAUGUUUUUCCUGCAAAACGUGGCACUGGCAAGUUUCUCUCGGGAGGACUGGACUCGAUGGAAAAGACUGCCGGACGUCUUUCAUCUCGGGAGCGGUGGAAGAAGAGAGAUCAGCGAGGACACGCCUCCGAGUCGACGCCAAUGAGCCCGCCUUGUGAUGCAGUCUCCAUAGCGACUUCGGUUUCCUGGGAUGGAAUGCAUCGUGGAGGCGUUGUCAUGUCAACACACAAUACUCCUCUCCACUUUGCUCCAGACCAAAGGCUCUCUGGAGAACAGGGGAGGCUUGUCCAUAAGGGCGAUUGGGGCGACGCACUGCCUACGGGAAAAGGAGAUAUUUUUUUUCUGUCGGAUUUUACCACUAGACCGCCUGAUCCAUAGACAUACAGUAUAUACAUGUAUAUAUGUCUAUGGUCUGAUCUGCCUCUGAAUGUCAUUGUCCAAUCAGGC